AUGGGCGACACAGCUCCGCUGGAUCUCAAGAUUAGCGCCAUCUCCACCUUGCCCCAGCACCAUUUUCAACUCCCAGAUAAGACGGAGAAGGUCCCAAAGAAGCGGCGUUCCAUCUCGAUGCAGCUCAAGCGAGAUAUAAUCCUUGGACAUUUGGCGGGGAAAAGUUUGAACGAUCUGAAGAAGCACUUCGACCUUCCCCGUUCUACAAUAUUGUGCAUAACGAAGCGGUCGGAAGAGAUCUUGACCGCGUUGCAACAUGGAGGAUUCAGGAAAAAACGGAUGACCAAGGCCAAAUACGGAUAUUUGGAGGGGGAAUUGUACGAGUACUACAAGUAUUGCAAGGAUAAUGAUGUGCAGAUUGGUGGAGAGGAGCUCAAGGUGGGUUAAAUUAUUUUUUAGGGGCUAAAAUUCGCUGUUUUCGAGGUUUAGACAUCUGUUUUGUCUAGUAUAAUAUAAAUGUUGUGAUUAUUUCAACAUUUUUCAGAUAAAAGCCAAAGAAAUUGCUGAGCGAAUGGGAAGUUCGGACUUUAGAGCAAGUUCUGGAUGGUUGGGAGGCUUUAAGAAACGAUUUGGCAUCGCUUUUCGCCCCAAAAAUGAAGAAAACGAGACCUCCGAGAAGGAAGAAGCGAUUCCUCAGCCUUCCGAGGAACUUCAAGAAUGGUUGAAUCCCAGGAACGAGAGCGAAGAAGAUGAAGUGAACAUCUCACACAACGAAUUACUAGUCCAUUCCACCAUCCAGGAGGGCAUAGAUCGCCUGGAGAGUGAGAUUACCCAAGAGACAUCCACUUUGGAAACGGCCGAACCUCCUCCACCCACGGCCGCUGAAGCCCUGCAGGCGUGUUCAACUCUGAUUCGAUACGUGAACAGUACAAAUAACCAGGAAUUGAUCAAAUUAUCCGACGCCUUCAGUGAGAAAUUGAACCAUCAACUUCUCCUUGAUCUGAUCUCCGAAAAUGACUCCAAGCCUUCGUAG